AUGAAUGAACCAGAUGAGUAUAUAGCUAAGGUGAAACUGGAAACUGCUGAACGAAUUACUCAACAUAUCCGCUGGCAAUCUUCUAUCAGUGAUGUGGGAUGGAGUGAUCAUGCUGCUAUUCUGAUGGAAACAGAGGAGCCGCCGAGAUAUACUAGAGAACGAACACGCCGACAACAAAUGGUACAUCGUGUCGAAGUGCUUUGUCAUCCUGACAUUCGCCUAAUGGACGAACAUUAUCUAGUGUAUCGAGAUAUGGUUGGUGCCACAUUCAUGUCAUACAUCAGGGAUGCUGAUGAGUGGUAUACCGCCGUAGAUUUUGGAAAACACUUUAAAAAAGGAGUCGUCGAAUUGAAAAGCUGUGAAACCACAGUUAAAAAUGUUGAAGAUUUACCAAAAACAUUUUUUGUUCAACGAGAACUUUGGAAUGCAACAAUUAUGGGCUAUCUUAUACAGGACGAACAAGGCAAGCUGCCGGCCCAAGAACAUUUUUCAUUUGUCUUGAGAGCCGCCUUUAAGCCUGUCAACCCGUCUGAUGAAACCGAAAAAGGAAUGAAUUCGACAGUGGUUUUUGUGUCAGAUUGGACUUUCCAUACUCGCUACGUAGGAAUAUCUUCUCAAGAAAAUAAUGAGAAACUAGAAUUUUUAGAACAAGAUGGAUAA